AUGGCCAUCUCGCACGACCCCGUCACGGCAGCACCCACAGGUAUCGACAUUGAAGCAUGGACGGUUGAACAGGCAGCCGAGGCGCUGCAGGCGACUGCCAUCUCGACGCCGACCCCUCCAAGACCCCGCGCCAGUGUCACGAUUGAGAUUCCACUCGACGACGAUGCUCUCGCCGCUGCAAAUGCCAUGGCCACGGCCAAGCCACGAUCAAAGCAAGAAGUCCACACUGUUUACAAGAGACAAGUGCCGGUUCGCCGUGACAGCUUGAACCGUCGCGAAGCCGUGCUCAAGGGCAAGGAGGGCAGUCGCCGAAGACAGCGAUGGGAGAACGAUCGUUUGCUCAGCAACCCAUACGCUCAACCUCCUCUUCCCAGCGAUUGGGAAGUUCGUCCUACCUACCCUAUCCACAACGUUCCCUACUUCCUCGCCCCGCUGUGGGAUGCCGAGUACAAGGCCAAGGCGCAAGCCAAGGUCACUCCUCGCCGGUCAAACAACGUCGGCGAUACCCGCGCACACGGCUCAAAGGAGGAGCAAGCAGCGGCUCGAGUCCCGCGUGAGAUUCGUGCAAAGUUGAAGAAGAGCCGUGGUGCCAAGAACAUGCUGCAAGAUCUCGAAGAGGAGGUUAGAAGCUUCGUACAACAGUGGUCAUCCAAGGAGCGUCAGAUGGCUGAAGACGGCUUGAUCGAUGGUGACAGCGAAGAUGAGGAGAUCGUUUUCGUCGGCCGCAAUGGCACCAUGAGCGACGACCGUAAGCGCUCAAAGAGCGUUGUCAGCGAUGACAGCAGCAGUACGGCGAGCAUCAGCAGCGAGGAUCUAGCAAAGGAGCGCAUGAUCCUUGAAACCCUCGUUGAUGAUCGCAGCGCUGCAUUUGGACGCUGGCUUGUACAUUCCAUCGCAACCUACUACGGUUUAGAGACGUGGUCAGUCACGAAGGACAGUCCAGCACGCCGCGAGGCUUAUAUUGGUCUGAAGCAUAAGGCUGCACCGGCGUUCUCCGAGCUGCCACGACCUCUCUACGUCCUCGUGUAG